AUGACGCGCCUUCAAGAAGCAGUGUUUGAGUGGUUUGCGGACUUCAAUCGUGACAGGCGGUACUUGGAUUAUGAGACAUGGUGCGUUCGUCUUGUGGAAGUCACAACAGCGGACAACAUUGUUGCUGUGCAAACCGUGUGCAAAUCAGCUGUGGAGCACUUACAGAAGGGCUGUAUAGAUGAGCUCGCCUUCUCGUUACAGUUGACCCGUUGCCCAAGUCAACACAACGCAAUAAAGCUACCCUGGCCAAACGUGUUUGUAGACGGAGAUGUGGAGAAGUGGAUUCGCGAUUUUGAUUUAAUCGCACCGUGCAAAGGCGUCAAAGGGAGUGCGCACAUGGUCACCGCGUUGGGUGCACUGCUCACCGGACGGGCGAGGGCCGCUUACGACUUGAAUUUAGAAAGCAACCAAGCCCUAGAUUAUGAGAAUUUUAAAUCUGCAUUGGUGGCAGAAUUUCCAAAGGAGGGUAACCGCGAGGAGGCAAUGAGCCGGUUCUACGCUACGGAGUACAACCGAACUGAGGACCCGUUGGUACACUACCAAUACAUGAAGCGACAAAUUUCCCUGGGCCUGCCGGAGGCGAAUAACAAAACACCGGAGAGGCUUGCCAAAGAACGGUUCAUACAAAGCAUGCCGGCACAGAUGAAAGACAAACUGAGACUUGCCGGAUUGCAGGAGAAAGCGGAAAUUCAUUUGCUAAUGCAAGAUAUACACAGUCGGCUCCGUGCCACAAAAUCACAAUGUUCCAGUGCUGUCAUGAUCAACAAUCUCGACUUACCGCGUAUCGAUAUGGACUAUCAAACGUGA